ACGCGCCGCCCUCUCGAGUCCACGCAGCGCGCGGGGGGACGUUCGCCCGCGGUCCUCUUUACGUACGCGCGAUGGAGCUCCUGGAGGAAGAGCUCACCUGUGCUAUCUGCUGCUGUCUGUUUGAAGAUCCCCGGGUUCUGCCCUGUUCGCACAGCUUCUGCAGGAGAUGUCUAGAGGGUAUUCUGGAGGGCAACAGCAGGGGCCCAUCGUGGAGACCACCUUUUAAAUGCCCCACCUGCCGAAAAGAAACGCACCACAACGGCCCCAGCAGCCUGCAGGUCAACUACUCUUUGCGUGGGAUAGUGGAGAAGUACAAUAAAAUAAGAGUUUUGCCCAAGAUGUCCCUCUGCAGACAGCACAGCGGCCAGCCGCUCAACAUAUUCUGUGCGACAGAUCUUAAACUGAUUUGUGGCUUCUGUGCAACCAUGGGCGAUCACAACGGACACAAGUUCUGCGCUUUGGAGGACGCUUAUGAGCAGGAGAGGGCCGCUUUUGAAGAGAUCUUUCGGGGCUUCGAGACCUGGCGAAGCGCUGAUGCUUCAUCCUGUCUGGAGGACUUGGAAAGAAACAAAAAGAAAGCGCUGCAGCUCAUCUCACGAGAUGCUGGUAGGGUGACUGAGUACUUUGAAAAGCUCAUCAAGACUCUUGAUCAGAAAAAGAACGAGAUUGUCUCUGAUUUUGAGACAUGGAAGCUGAUGGUCAUGCAGGCGUAUGACCCGGAAAUAAACAAGCUGAGAGGAGUGUUGGAGGAGCACGAGCGGGCCCUGAAGAUCGCCCAGUCCUUCAGGAAUGCUGGGGACCCUCUCUGCUUUCUCCAGCAGAUGCAGGAGUUUAGGGAAAAGCUGGGUGUGAUUCAGGAAACUUCACUGCCUUCCCGGACGAGCAUGGAUGUAGGAACUAUCAUGAAGAACUUUGACGUGAAAGUGUGGGACGCUGUACGUCUCAGAGAUGUGGACAAAAUCGCAGUUCCGCGUGAAAACAAGGCAUACGGUUUCGCCCGUUGGAGUUUUUUCAAGGCUAUGUGGGUUCUGGCCAUCGUUGCCCUUUUUUCCGUGUCUACACUGUUCCUUUUAGAGUGUCCAGAUGUGUCCCAUCUCUCUGCAGCUGUCCAGUCCUACAUACCCACUCUUACAGAGAUCUUACAUUAUACAAUACAGUGCUGGAGGGAAGUGGUCCGUGUGUGUGUGCCUCUCUUUGAACUGUUUCACAAAUGCAUCUUUGAUCUGUUUAACACUACAAUCAAUUUUGUCUGGUCUAACUUUAGGUUAGAUUACAUAUUUAAAGGUUUAUGGGUCCUGUAAAUGAAGAUGAAGCCUUGUUUGUACAAUAUUAAGUACAAAUCCUCUCUGCUUUGUCUUUGUGUCAUGUCUUCUAUGCACUUUUGUAACCAAAUGAAGUAUUUUCCAAAGUUUGAUUUUAAUUUGCUUAAAGCUUGUGUUGACUUGUGUACCGACAUCACCUCCCGUGUAUAAUGCCAACUUCAAAUGUAUUUGUAACUCUUUCAUUUACUUAAUGCUGUUGUCAGAUGGGUGAUGCAGUGCUGUAGCGGGCUUGGCUGGGUCCUGCUCUCUGGUGGGUCUGGGGUUCGAGUCCUGUUUGGGAUGCC